CAACGCUGCGGUCUGAAAUUGUCGAAUUGACAGCGGGACCAUGUCGCCGUUAGCUUCUCUGGUCCGAGCCGUACCUUGCUCAAGUGUUGUGUCGAGGCCACUCCGUGCUCGGAGAGUGUAGACCCGUGGGAAUGUGCCCAGUGGCUGAUGAACCCAUCAUCCUGCUUCAAUAGCUUCCUUCUCGCAUCCCUCCCUCCCUCCUUCCCCGAGUAGCACUGCUUUGUCUGUACCGUCCCGUCCGCCCCUGCUGCCCGUCUUCCCUUUCGAGGCACCUGGUUCGACUUCGCGCCCGGACCGAUUUCCCCCGUGAACUGACUGGGGCUCUCUGAGUCACUUAAACGCCUUCCACCUUCCUGUGCCUUUCUCCCAACAUCCAAUCCCUCUCCCUAGUACCGAAUACCUAUUUCGCUUGCCGUACACAACCACGGUUUCGAGCUGCAGAGCAUCCCUUUAUCGUCGCGCAGCAAAUAUCGGUAUUGGAUCCAUCUUCGCUCCUCGGGUUCUUGAGCUGGCCACGCCGCGGUUUAUCCUACGAGCUCUUGCAGUAGAGCCUUACUUCUUUUCUCGAACACUACCCCUAGUGAUUCCUCAACGCCGACGUGCCGGGUGCUCGUCCUUCGCCUGCAAAACCCUCCUCCGUAGGAUAUCUUCGCGACACCUGCUCAAGAUGCCGGGAGUAGAAAUGGCGCCCCUCCAGGCCGACGACAUGAGAGUGCUGGGCCAGGACCCCCUCAUUCCGCCCGCCCUGCUCAUUUCGGAAAUCCCCAUGACAGAUGAGGCUCUGCAAACAGUUGUUCAGGGGCGGCGGGACGCCGUGAGCGUCAUCAUGGGCCGCAGCGACCGCCUCCUGGUCAUCGUCGGGCCUUGUUCGAUCCACGAUCCGGCCACGGCCAUUGAGUACGCAACCAGGUUGAAGGCGCUCUCGGAGGAGCUCUCGGACGAUCUUGUGAUCAUAAUGCGCGCCUACCUCGAGAAGCCGCGGACGACGGUUGGUUGGAAGGGCCUGAUCAACGACCCUGACAUCGACCAGACCUUCAAGAUCAACAAGGGUCUCCGCGUUUCCAGACAGCUCUUCCGCGACCUCACCUCGACAGGCAUGCCCAUCGCCUCCGAGAUGCUCGACACCAUCUCCCCGCAGUUCCUGGCCGACUUCAUCUCGGUGGGCGCUAUCGGCGCCCGGACGACGGAGAGCCAACUGCACCGUGAGCUGGCCUCCGGUCUGUCCUUCCCGGUCGGUUUCAAGAACGGCACUGACGGCAACCUCGGCGUCGCCAUCGAUGCGAUCGGCGCCGCCGCCGCCAAGCACCACUUCAUGGGCGUAACGAAGCAGGGCCUUGCCGCCAUCACCAGAACGAAGGGCAAUGAGCAUGGCUUCGUCAUCCUGCGAGGCGGCUCGAAGGGCCCCAAUUACGACAAGGCCAGCAUCCAAAUCGCCAAGGAGACCUUGAUCAAGAAGGGCCAGAAAUUGGCCAUCAUGGUUGACUGCUCUCACGGCAAUUCCAACAAGGACCAUAGAAAUCAGCCCAAGGUUGCCAAGGCCAUCGCCGACCAGCUCCGCGAAGGCGAGACGGCCAUCAUUGGCGUCAUGAUCGAGUCCAACAUCAACGAGGGCAACCAGAAGGUGCCGCCCGAGGGCCCCUCCGCCCUGAAGAAGGGCGUGAGCAUCACGGACGCCUGUAUCAAUUGGGAGACGACCGUCGACGUUCUCCGAGACCUGGCGGCUGCUGUCCGGGACCGCCGGAAACUGAUUGCCGGGGCAACGAACGGCGAGCCGAAAACGACACUGCUGGAAGAGGAGUAAAAGCCGGGU